GCCCCCGUGGACGCUGCCUGGGGGCUCCCGGCUGCCUCUGGCUGGAGAGAGCCGGGGGCCCCUCGCCGUCCCCCCACGCUGCCACCAGCCACCGCUGCCCUUUCCUUUUCUCCCCUCCCAGGUGCCCUCGAGCCGGGCGAGGCGAUGCGGUGCGCCCGUGCCGCGUGCUGUGCCGAAGCGGCUCUUUAGAUCCUCCCCGGCCCAAGCCUCCCCUGCCAUGGAUGCCUCCGGGGCUCUUGCUUCGGCUCCCUCCUCCGCGGCUCCCUCGGGCUCCCGCAGCCCCAUGUUGCCCCCAGGAGCUGACAGAGAGGAGUGGGGACCGAGGUUCAAUUGUGCCCCUUCCACCUCUGCCGCAGCCUCGCAGGCGAUGCCAGCGUCUGGCCGGAAGAGGAAGGCCAACUUCUCCAAUGACGAGACCGAGACGCUGGUCUGGAAUGUGGUCCGGCAUUUCAGCGCCCUGUACGGGUCCGAGGCCCUGCGGGCUCACCCCGUGCGGCGGAAGCAGCUCUGGACCCAAAUCCAAAGCCGCGUCAACUUCCUGGGCUACACCGAGCGCUCCAUCGACGACCUCAAGCACAAGUGGCGCGACCUGCGGCUGGACGUCAAGAAGAAGAUCACCUCCAAGAAGCACCUGCCCAUGAACCGCGCCGGGGGGCCGCUCCACAAGCCGCGCCUCACGCCCCUGGAGAAGAUGGUGGCUUCCACCUUCCUGCAGGCCAGCCACGACUCGGAGCCCGAGAUCAUCCUGGACCCAGAUCUGUUCUUCCCCGGCGCGUCCAAGCAGCCCUUCAUGCACCUGCAGCCCGGCGUGAGCCACCCCAGCAUCUACAUCGACACCAACGGGCAGCCCUCGGCCCUGCCCGACGUGGAGGGCUCGGCCGUGCCGCGCCUGCCGGGACAGAGCCCCGACCCCGCCGGCGGCUGCGAGUACGGCCGAGGAGAGGGGCAGGGCGGCUCCGGUACCGCCGAGUCGGGACCGGAGCUGCGCACCCCAGACGCGUCGGCCAUCUCCCCAUCCCUGCGAAACGAGUCCCUGGUCUCCUACGCCUCCAUGUCGGAGGAGGAGGAACGGGAAGGCCGGGAGGUGGAGAGAGGCCACGGUGGGGCCGCGGGGAUGCAGCCGGGGCCCGAGGCCCCCAUGUCAGCAGAGGAGGACAUGAAACUGUCCCGCCAGGCCAUGCUGAUCCGCCGGUGCAGCUCCCAGGGCUCUGUGACCUCCCUGCCCGAGGACUCCCUCAACCCCGCGGACGCUCACUCGGACUGGGGGCACGAGGGGGUGUCCGACCUGCCCGCCCUGGGCCGCGGGCUCGACUCGGCGCAUCCCGAGGAGCAGGCGGGCGGCCCGGGCCCGGAGAUGGGCGCUUUGCCCAGGGUACUGAUGGGGCCCACCUGGGAGAAAGCUCCGGCGGAGGAGGAGCCCCCGGCCCGCUCCCCCCUGCACGGUGCCCUGACCGAGGAGUCGCUGCCAUCCUCCGCCUCCCCGCCCGGAGACGCCCCGACCGCCGCCGGCCGCGGGCUGGGCUGCUCCCGCCUGCGCGAGGACCGCCGCGAGAGCUGGAGGACUAGCAUCCAUCACCUGCUGGACCUGGAGGAGCAGUGGGACCAGCUGUACCACCAGGAGCUGGCCAUGUGGCAGGAGGAACGGGCCACCCAACGCGAGGAACGGGCGCGCGACCGGGAGCUGCAGUUCCGCCUGCUCGGCGUCCUCACGGACAUCCGCGACGAGCUGCGCUACCUGCGCCAGGAGCGCGCCGGCGCCCGCCAGAGCCCGGCUCCUCCGCCCCCCGAGCCCCACCGCGACCCCAGCCCGCUCCUCGAGCAGCCCAAAGCCGAGCCCAACUUCCCCGAGCCGCCGGCCGGGAGCGCCGGUUGGGCGGACACCGCCGUGCCCAACCGGAGCCCCUUCGGGAACCGCGGCCGGGGUCGGCGUCGCGGGCGGCCGCGCGGCUCCGCUUCCCGACACAGACGCCUCUUCCUCACCAACAGCUAGGGACGGUGGGAGCCGCUCCACCACAGACACGGAGUGCCCACCACGGACACGGAGUGCCCACCACGGACACAGAGUGCCCACCACGGACACGGAGAGCCCGCGGCCGCCCCGGGGGGACGGUGAGCGGUGACGCGGGUGGCACCCGGGUGGACCCCGCGGGAAGGGACACAGGAGGCGGGUGGCCGGCGCUGCCCAGCGGGUUCGGAGCGCUCCAGGCCGGCACCCAUGGGUGUUGAGGUGCUGGAGUGCCCCGAGGUGACACCGCCGUGCCCGCGGGGGACACGCGUGACAGCGCAGGCUGAUGGCGCUGGUCCAGUAGGAUUUACUACCUGUCGGGGGGUGGGAGUUAGAAACACUUAGUCGCUGACGUGCGAAGAUUUUAUGCAAAUCAUUUAAUGACCUAAUUUGCAUAUAACCAUAAAACUUCUAUUAAAAAAACCCCAAAAAAGCCUCCAAAAAA